ACGGCUUUUUUUUUUUUAUAAAUUUGAUGUAGCUCAACUACUGUCCUUUGUAUCAAAUUUAGCAGCAACAAUUUUCUUCUCCAUCACUCUUUCUUGAUUUCUUUCUUUUUGAGAUUCCCAUGGAUUGCAUUGGGUUAACCUCAGAAUCUCCAUAUGUUAUCAUGCUUAAAGCUGCUUUCUUGAUACCCAUUUCUCAUUAUUUAUUCGGAUUUCUGUUUCUACUCAUUGUAUUUCUCUACAAUUUUGUGGAAAUGUACUUCAUAAAAGAAUUAAUCAAUGGAUUUAGGGGACAAUCUGUCUCUUUGACCUUUAAUUCUUGCUCUAACCUGUAUCAAGAAGUUGUUUCCAAGUGUAAAAUUCUUCAUGGCAGGUUUUCUUCUACUCCCUGGCUUUGCAGUCCUCAUUUUCAGACUAUCUUUUUGCAGUUCUUUGAAAGAGUACCUGCUUGCAAUUAUCAAAGACAGAUAUUUAAAACAUCUGAUGGUGGGACAAUAGCUCUGGAUUGGCUACGGAAUGUGGAUGAUAAAAAACCAUCCAUCAAAGGUUUUGAUGGAGUUCAGAGUGAUGACAAAACUCCCAUCGUUGUGGUGAUUCCUGGUUUAACAAGCGAUUCUGGUUCUGCUUACGUCAAGCAUCUUGCUUUCAAGAUGGUUAAAUCUGGAUGGAAUGUUGUUGUGAGCAAUCAUCGGGGUCUUGGGGGAGUGGCAAUAACUUCUGAUCGCCUCUACAAUGCCGGAUGCACGGAGGACAUCCGCAAAGUCAUUGAUCAUCUCCACGCCCAAUACCCUCAAGCUCCUUUAUAUGCUGUUGGCACUAGCAUUGGUUCUAAUGUUCUGGUAAAAUAUCUUGGUGAGGAAGGAGUUAAUACUGCGCUUGUUGGGGCGGCUUCAAUCUGUUCUCCUUGGGACCUUUUGAUUGGUGAUAGGUUUAUUAAGCGCAGGCUUGUGCAGAGAUCCUAUGACCGAAUUUUAGGAAUUGGAUUAAAAGAUUACGCCGAGCUGCAUCGGAGUGUUUUGCCGAGUCUGACAGAUUGGGACAGCAUUUCUAAGAUAAGCUGUAUCAGAGAUUAUGACAAACAUGUUGUUUGUGUUCUUGGUAAUUUUGAGACUGUUGAUACCUAUUACAGGACAGUUAGCUGUAGCAGUUAUAUAAGAAAAGUGGGAGUUCCCCUUCUCUGCAUUAGUGCCUUGGAUGAUCCAGUCUGUACAAGGGAAACAAUUCCAUGGGAUGAAUGUCGGGCAAACAAAAAUGUCGUACUAGCUACUACACAACACGGGGGACACUUGGGAUAUCUUGAAGGGAUGACCGCAAAAAGCCUCUGGGGACCUGAUAUUAGAGAACUGAAUAAUGUGUGUGUCGUAAGCAUUCAGAUGUGGGUUAGGGCUGUUGAUGAAUUCCUUUGUGCUUUGAACUCCAGCUCAUUGAACCAUAGAGCAAAGAUACAAAACAAUAGAGUUCUGGAGAGUCCCCUGAACUCAUCCAAAGAGAAGGCGGUUUAGUGACUGCAGUUAGUAACGAGGCAUCAGGUGAAGUAGGCGUCGAAGAUGACAAGGCAGGAGAGAGUAUUAGUGUUGACAGUGGCAAGGUGCAACAAGAACCAAAUGCAUUGGAAACCAGUAUUAAAAUUUAAAACUCAACAAGAACCAACAAGUUUAAACUUUUAUUUUGUUCUUAAUAAAAAAGAUUUAGCUAAAUUGAUUGUGACAUGUGAAGUGCAAAAGAUUAAACUCAAUGUAGAAGUGUGAAAGACACAACUUGUCAUGUGAAGUGCAAAAGAUUGUUAUGUCAGUGUGUUUAAGAGACAAUUUUGCCAAAUAAAAGAAUCUAUAUGGUCACUAUUAUGUCCAA